AUGAGCGGUCUGGAUUCGGGGUCGUUCAGGCGACCGUUGCAUUCGGACACUGUAGCAACGCGGUUCCUACACGGGCGGCACAGCGCGAUGCAAUUCGCAGUUAUGCAGCUGGGCGUGUGCACGUUCAAGUGGGACCAAGGGAGGAAAGAGUUCAUCGUUCACCCGUUCAACUUCAAGGUGUUCCCCCGGUCGGAGAUCCCGGGCUUUAAGGGCGUGCCGGCGCUCUCCUUCCAGUGCCAGCCGUCCUCGUUGGAGUUCCUGGCAGCACACCACCUCGACUUCAACUCCUGGGUGCAGCACGGAAUCUCGUACCUGUCCUACGAGCAAGAGGAAGCCGCAUGGAAUUUUCUCGAGAUCCCUCCCCCAUCAGCAACAGCCACCAAUAUAACCGUAGGCCCCAGCCAAAAAGGAGCUGCUGACGUGGCACAGCCCACCAAUCACACGCAAUUCAGCACAAGCACCAGCAGCACAAGCAGGUACAGCUGGCGGGACAGCAGCGACAGGAGCGACCCGUCAAGCCCGCCAUUCCCCGGCGUGCAGUUUGCAGUGAAGAGCCUGGCCCGCGUUGACCUGUGGCUCGCGCAACUCAGAGCAGCAGCACAGGAGGUGGAGCAGGAGCAGCAGGAGGAGCAGCCUUUGGCAAAGGGCGUUGCGAGUAGUGUGCUUGGGGAGGGUCCAGAGGGAUUUUCACGGGAGGCUGCGGUAAGGGGUGUGGGAGGGGACGGGAGCAGCAGCAGCAGUGGUUUACAGCCUGCGUUAGCAGCAGUGGUUGGGAAGAGGCCGUGGCUCUCUCUUCGAAUAAAUGAUGCCUUCAACUGUCACGCUGCCGACCAGGCAAUUCGUCAUAAGCACCCCUAUCUGGCGUCGCAUGAGGAGCGGAUUGGUGCGUACAAGAAAGUUCGGCUCUUCCUGUGCAAAUCAAAGGAGGAGGCUGAGAGGGUGCAGAAGCGCCUACUGGAGCUGCGGCAGGCGGGAGCAGCAGCAGUGGUGCGCAGAGCAGUGGGGGUGAGGCGAGUGGUGGAUGCCUUGUCUCUGGCGUGCCAGGAUAAGCCGCUUGUGGCGCACUCCUGCUUCCUUGACCUCGCUCACAUUCUGCACAAGUUUGUGGGUCAUGUGCCGCCCUCCCCGUCGCUCUUCUCUCGCGAAGUCUGCCGGCUCUUCCCUGCUCUCUUUGACACCAGUUGCCUUGCUGCUGCCUCGCUUCUAGCACAGGAAGCUGCGAGCACCAACAGGCGGGCGUCGCUCGGCGCUCUGUAUGAUACUUCCAGGAACCUUCCGUUUGUGGAUGGGGCGCCCAUGCGAGUGCAUUUCAGUCAUGAGGCUGCCAGAUAUUCCGCAUCCAACGGCCAGGAUCCGAGGCACGAGGCAGCAUACGAUGCGUUCAUGACAGGAGUGGUGUUCGCCCAAGCCUGCCACCGCCUUGGACUCUCCCCCCACCGCCUCUCCUCCCUCCCCCCUGCCGCUUCUGCUGCUGCUGCCGCUGCAAGGGAGGAGGCAGGGAGGUGGAGAGAGGAGAGGAGAGGGAGACGGGGAGAAGGAGAAGGGGAGGGAGACGGGGUGGGGAGAGGUGAGUUUGGGAGAGAGGGGGAAGGGAGGAGAUGGGUGGUGGAGAGGUGGAGGCGAGGAGAGGGGGUUGUCAGUGGUGGGAGGAUAGGGACUGACAGGGAGCACAGUGAAGAGAGCAGCGAUGGAAGCGCAGUCGUGGCAGAAACGCCUACAGUCUCAGCACAAGCAUCAGGGCGAGCAGCAUCAGAAUCAGAACAAUCAGCAGCAGCAUCGGAAUCAGCACAUUUAGCUGCAGAAACAGCAGUGGCUGGCCUAUCCAACAUCACGACGCUCAUAGGCAAGGGUGCACGGGACAUCCACCUGGACCUCGCCACGGGGCACGCUGCCAUUGGCUCCCGUGCUGCCCCCCUCCUCCCCUCCCCUGAUACUCUCUCGCUUGGAACCUCAUAUUCCUCCUCCUUCUCCCCCAUUAGGCACACCACCACCAGCAGCAGCAGCACCAGUGGCAGCAGCAGCAGUGACAGGGAAGAGGAGGAUCGUUCCAACGUGCUCUUCCUGUGGGGCCUACCCCCCUCCCUCCCCCACCAGCGUCUGCGCUUCCUCCUGCGGGGGGCCCUGGGCCGUAACACUCCCCUGGAGCUCGAACCAGUUGAUAGUGGCGCUGCUUUGGUGCGGUUUGGGAGUGGCAAGCAGAGGGACGUGGAAAAUCUGGGUAAGGUGAUGGAGAGUUUGGGGCGAGCACUUUUGGGAGGAGCGGGGAACGGGAGAGGUGGUGGUGGUGGUGGUGGCGGCGGCGGCAGUGGCGGCGGUGGUGGUGGUGGGAGGAUGGGAGCUGGAGGGGAGAGAUUGGGAGAGAGGGAAGUGGUUGCGAGGGAAAUGGUUUCGCUUGGGAUUCGUGCCGCCCCGUUCUCUGCGUUUGUCGCCUUGUGCGAGUCUACUGUUCCGUUUUUGUCCGCCAGUGAGGGCGCGGAUGUGCUCAGGUUGGAGGAGUAUCUUGUGUCUGCCACCCAGAGAUCCCCGACUAGUGCACCUGCUGCCAAAACUAGCCGACCCAGCAGGAAAGAAGGGCAAGGAGCAAGAGAGUGUGCCAAGGUGUUUGGACUCACGCCUGUCAAAUCCGUCCCGACGGUCGCCACUAAAGAAAGCGCUCUCCCAUUAUUCAAUGGACUCAAGGCUUCUAAAACGAACAAGUCUGCCGCGAAGCAGAAGCUCAAGGGUACCGCUAGGGCUGCUCCUGUGCCUGCAUCGCGUCCCUCUACCGCGGUUCGCGCCGCUAUUGCCGAGGACAUCAACACGGACUUUGAGGUGGCCGACAUGACCAUGCCGCAGGGCGGCAGCUGGUCCGUGCACAAGUUCGGCGGCACGUGCGUGGGAUCCGCCGAGCGAAUCCUCAACGUCGCACGCAUCGUCGCCAGCGACCCCGCGGAGCGUCGCUUCGUCGUCGUGUCGGCCAUGGGCGGCACUCCCAAGGUCACCAACAUUCUGUACUCGUUAUUGGACAAGGCGGCCGCGAAAGACUCGAGCGGGUGGGCGGAGCUUAUAGCGCAGCUGCGCGAGAAGCACCGCGCGGCAGCGGCGGAGCUGCUGGGGGAGGAGGACGAGGAGACGAAGAAGAUCCUGGAGCGCAUCGACGAGGACCUGAUCAAUCUUAAAGCCAUGCUCAAAGCCAUCUCCAUCGCGGGGACCUCGACGGAGAUCUUCACGGACUUCAUCGUGGGGCACGGCGAGCUCUGGUCCGCCAUGAUCCUCACCGCCACGCUGCAGAAGGUGACGGGCAAGAAGGUGGCGUUCAUGGAUGCGCGCGACGUGCUCGUGGUGCACCCAGCAGAGGGCGGCAAUCAGGUGGACCCCAACUACGAGCGCUGUGAGGAGAACCUUCACGCGUGGUACGCCGCUCGUGGCGAUGACGGGCACUAUGAGGGCGGGGGCCCGGACCUAGUGGUGGCGACGGGGUUCAUUGCGCGCACCGAGGACGGCGUGCCCACCACGCUCAAGAGGGACGGCAGUGACCUGUCUGCGGCCAUCUUUGGGUCGCUGCUGCGCGCUGGGAGAGUGAUCAUCUGGACGGACGUGGAUGGCGUGUACUCCGCUGACCCCCGGAAAGUGCCUGAUGCUGUGAUUCUCAAGAACCUCUCCUACCAAGAGGCGUGGGAGCUGUCUUAUUUUGGAGCCAACGUCCUCCACCCGCGCACCACCCUGCCGGUGAUGAAGUACGCCAUCCCCAUGUUCAUCCGCAACGCCUUCAACCCCACGGCGCCCGGCACGCGCAUCGGCCGCUCCCAUGACGCCUUCUCGGACGAGGAGCACGAGGCGGCGCACAACGAGCUGCUGGAGGAGGGGACAGAUCCGCUUGACGCCGUCGUCAAGGGCUUCGCUACCAUUGAGAACGUGGCGCUCGUCAACGUGGCUGGCACGGGCAUGGCAGGAGUCCCCGGUAUCGCCAGUCAGAUCUUCAACUCAGUCAAGAACGUGGGGGCCAACGUCAUCGCCAUCUCGCAGGCCUCCUCCGAGCACUCCGUCUGCUUCGCCGUCCCAGAACCCGAGGCCGACAUGGUGGCCGCCGCACUGCGCACCACCUUCCGCCGCGCAAUCGAAUCUAAUCGCGUGCACGAUAUCGAAGUCAUCCCGCACUGCACAGUCCUCGCAGCCGUCGGGCAGCGCAUGGCCAGCACUCCGGGGGUCUCGGCUGCUCUCUUCGCGGCGCUGGCCAAGGCGCGGGUGAACGUGCGUGCGAUUGCGCAGGGGUGCUCCGAGUAUAAUAUCACUGUCGUGGUCGAUCGGAGUGAUGCGGUGGCGGCGCUGCGGGCGGCGCACGGGCGGUUCUACCACUCGCAGAUUCCGCUGGCGGUGGCGCUGAUUGGCCCGGGGCUGAUUGGGAGCACGCUGCUGGAUCAGAUCAGGGACCAGCGGGCGAGUCUGAAGAAGGAGUUUAGCGUUGACAUGCGCGUGGUGGGCAUCAUUGGCGCGAAUAGAAUGCUCAUUGAUAACAGGGGCGUGCACCUGAGCAACUGGCGGGAGGAGCUGGAAACCAGAGGCGAGGCAGCAGACAUGGUGGCGUUCGAGGCGUCGCUGAUGGACGGCCACCACGGGCUGCCCAACACGGUGGUGGUGGACUGCACUGCCAGCAGCGACGUGGCGGACAAAUACCCCACGUGGCUCGCUGAGGGGCUUCACGUGGUCACCCCCAACAAGAAGGCCAAUUCCGGGCCUCUUAAAGAGUACCUCAAGAUCCGCCAGUUGCAGCGCGAGCUCUGCACGCACUACCUGUAUGAGGCCACUGUGGGGGCGGGGCUGCCCAUCGUGGCGACACUCAAGGGGCUGCUGGACACGGGCGACCACAUCCACCGCAUUGAAGGCAUUUUCAGCGGCACGCUGAGUUACAUCUUCAACAACUUUGACGGCAGCAAGCCCUUCUCGCAGAUCGUGGCAGAGGCUCGCGCCAACGGGUUCACUGAGCCUGACCCCAGGGACGACCUGGAGGGCAUGGACGUGGCCAGGAAGGUGGUCAUCUUGGCUCGGGAGUGUGGACUUUGCCUGGAGCUCGACCAAGUACCCGUGCAAAGCCUUGUGCCCGAGGCUCUCCAGCACGUGGCGAGUGUGGACGAGUUCAUGCAGCGGCUGCCUGAAUUCGACGAUGAGAUGGAGGCCAAGAGAAAGGCGGCCGAGGAGACGGGCGAGGUCCUGCGCUAUGGACCCAGGGAGCGGUACCAGUACCCCAUAUCAUUCAUCCGCGGGACCUAUUUUCCCUUUCUUCCUCUCGCCCAAUCAUCCCCCCUCUUCCUCCAGGUCCUGCGCUACGUAGGGGUGGUGGACAUGGACAAGAGGGAGGGGCGGGUGGAGCUGCGCCAGUACCCGCGCACACACGCCUUCACGCAGCUAGUGGGCUCAGACAACAUCAUCUCAUUCGUCACCUACCGCUACAACGUGCAGCCCCUCAUCGUCCGCGGGCCUGGUGCCGGCGCAGAGGUCACUGCGGGGGGUGUGUUCAGCGACCUUCUGCGCCUUGCUGCCUUCCUUGGCGCCCCCUCUUAA